GGGAGGGGUAAGUGCAGAGCGUGUUGUUGUCCGUGGCUGCUGGGGACAGACAGCGUUGUCGAGGUCGGUGAAAGUACUGCUCUGACCAAGACUUCGGUUCUUACUUUCUAAAAAGUGCUACCCCGAGAGACAUACCGAGACAAAGAGAAAGCGGAUGAUAUAAAGAGCAACCCAAGGUCCUCCACCAGAGAAGGUUUGCUGGAAUGGGUAACCUGCUAAAAGUCCUAACAAGGGAAAUAGAGAACUAUCCACACUUUUUCCUGGACUUUGAAAAUGCACAGCCGACAGAAGGAGAGCGAGAGGUAUGGAACCAGGUGAACUCAGUCCUCCAGGACUCUGAGAGCAUCCUGUCUGGCCUGCAGGCAUACAAGGGAGCCGGCCAGGAGAUCAGAGAUGCGAUUCAAAACCCCAACGACUUCAUGCUGCAGGAGCGAGCGUGGAACUCCGUCUGCCCGCUCGUCAUCAAACUCAAGAAGUUCUACAGUUUCUCUCUUAGACUAGAGGAGGCUCUGCAGAGUUUGUUGGAGUCCCUGACGUGUCCACCCUUCACGCCCACUCAGCACCUGGAGAGGGAGCAGGCUCUGGCCAAACAGUUUGCAGAGAUCCUCCACUUCACUCUGCGCUUCGAUGAGCUCAAGAUGAGAAUUCCUGCCAUUCAGAACGACUUCAGCUACUACAGAAGAACUAUCAGUCGAAACCGAAUAAACAACAUGAAUUUGGACAUUGAGAAUGAAGUCAACAAUGAGAUGGCCAACAGGAUGUCUCUGUUCUACGCCGAGGCAACACCCAUGCUGAAAACACUCAGCAACGCAACCACAAACUUUGUGACAGAGAAUAAGACUCUUCCACUGGAGAACACGACAGACUGUCUCAGCACUAUGGCCAGCGUCUGUAAAGUCAUGCUGGAGACACCGGAAUAUUCGAGUCGUUUCAGCAGUGAGGACACGCUCUUGUUUUGCAUGAGGGUCAUGGUCGGGGUCAUCAUUCUUUAUGACCAUGUCCACCCCAACGGCGCCUUCAACAAGUCCUCCAAGAUAGACAUGAAAGGCUGCAUAAAAGUCCUGAAGGACCAGCCGGCAGACAACGUAGAAGGCCUCCUGAAUGCCCUCAAAUUCACCACAAAACACCUGAAUGACGAGUCCACUCCGAAGAACAUCCGGACGAUGCUCCAGUAAUAUUUUGCUCUUUCUUUUUUUUUUUUUUUUUAACUAUAAACAGAUAUGAAGAGGAUCACUGCUCUGACCUCAAAUAAGAUGUAUAUGUUUACAUUAUUUAAAAAGACUCGAUGUUCAUACUUGUGUGUAUUUGCAUAGUCAUUCCCUCCAAGUUAUUGAAGCCUGCAGAACAUGUACCUUGUACUUUGCAAAAAAAAUAUGAAAGCAUCACAUGAAUUGCCUCUACUGUUAACAGCUGUCAAAGCACAAAUGAUGGAUUUGUCAGCCUUAUACUAUAACUGAGCUUUGCAAGCAGCACUUGGAAAUAAAUGAACAAGGAAGCAUAAAAAAAAUUGUAAACAAAUCUUUCAUUUGACAAUGGAUUUAGUUUAGUGUGCAGAUUUUUAACUUGGUGUUGAGCUUUGUGUUUUUUCAAACAGUGAAAUUAAAUUCUGACACAGGUUAUAUCACAAUGACACAAUCCUAAAAAUCAACAUGCAUUUAAACAAGUGAAAUUAUAUCGUCCUGUGAUUUCACUUGAUCUACAAAGACUAAGAUUUGAUGACAGAAUGUGAAAUCAGUCAAUGUUAAGUGGACAUUUCUGUGGCAGUGAAGGGCUAAAUACUGAAAGCAGAUAAGGGAUGAUUGGUUUGGUCAGCUGGGAGAAGCAUUUGGGUGCUUUUCUCUUUUUAUAGUCAGCUGUUGUAAUUGUUUUUUCUUUUCAAACUCCAGUCUUGUGCAUCUGAUAAAAUAAAUCCACUGUGAACAUAAAGACAUACUUUGCACAUUCAGUAAGAUCCAGUGUGUCAAAGUUUGCUUUAACUUAGAGGUUUCGCUGAUUGAGAAGGUCGUGAUAAUGAAUCACAAAAUCAAAUCAACCAACCAAAUGUUUUUAUUUAAUUGUUCUGUGGCAAUGCUCUGAAUGGUAGCUGUGUGUUUUGCCAUGUUUUAAGUGACUUUUUUGUGGCUUUUUUGUUGAACUGAAAAUCUGUCUCCCUAAAUGAAAGGCCAAAACAAAUCUUUGAUCCCAAAUAAAUAAUAUGCGCUUCUUAAGCGAACAAAAUGAUUUUUUAAAAACCUUUUCCAUU